UUUUGUUUGUUUACCAAAUACCGAAUAACUGUUAACCGCACAAAAAAACUUAACACAGUGUUAUGAGGAUACCUACACCUUCAAAGAUGGCAUAUUGGUCUGUUCCAUCUGGAGAGUUGAAUUUCUGCAGCAGAAAAAGUACAGAGGUUAAGAUACAGUAUUUUCAAUGGAACCAAAAUGGCUUCUUUCUCGAGUACCGGAUGAAAAGAGUCGGUUUGAAAUUGAGUUGGAAUUUGUCCAAAUGCUGUCGAAUCCUUGGUAUUUGAAUUUCCUUGCUCAGCAUAAAUACUUCGAGGACGAAACAUUUUUGCAGUAUUUAGAAUACUUGGAAUAUUGGAGAGAACCUGACUAUGUAAAGUUUAUCAUUUAUCCCACCUGCUUGCAUAUGUUGACUCUCUUAAAAAACCCACAAUUUCGCAUCGAUAUAUCUCGAGCAGACUUGUCUAAGCAGGUGAACGACGAAAUGUAUUAUGAAUGGCUGGCAAAAGGUGGUUAUCAAAUUCCCAAUCCCAACCCAGAUUCAUUAACGGCAACUGGUACGAAAGUAGAAGAUCCUUGAAAGACCUUGAUGAAUGUAUUGAGCUUUUCUUCAGUUCCUUUCUGUUUCAUAUUUAAGUUUUAAUCAUAAAGAGAACAAACCAUUUACUAAACGCAAUUCUUGUUUGCUUACGUACGAAUAGAAAUGAUUGUUCGAGUUGUUUAAAGCAUUCUCUUUUCAUUUGCCAGUAGCAAAGCGGCAAUUAUAAAAACAGAUAGAUUAAUUUCUUUCCAUAAAAUGAUUUAUUUAUCAUAACCGCC